AUGGCGUACGACGGCAUGCAGUUCCGCGACCCUCCCAUGCACCACGACAACGACGAGCAGCAACAUGGAUGGGAGUGGACUGCAUCCCACGUCGUACGUUCACGCAGCAAGCCACCACCCCGCACCCUGCGGUCUGCUCCCUCGCCGGUGGUGGAUCCAAGCUCAUAUGCGCCCAUGCAGUCCACUGCAUCCGUGAAGUUCGGUGAUGUUCUGUAA